CCCCGCCCGGGCAGGAGGCGCCGCCGGGACCGGAGCGACAACAAACGCUGCGACAGCACCGGAGGGACCGACAGCCACCGACAUCGCCACCGCCACCGCCACCGUCGCUCUCAGUGGACCAGCCGAGCGCGGAGCCGGCGCCGAUGCCGAAGGAGCAGGAGUGGGCAGCGGGGCCCGAGGCGCUGUGCCCGGGCUGGCUGGAGGACGAGGCCCCCGAUGGCGAAGUGCCCGAGGCCGGUGGGGACGCCGACGGUGCCACCCACGCCUACGAGCUGCUGCAGAGUGCCCUGCGCCAGGAGGGGCUGCCCCGCACGCUGGACCGCUCUGCAGAGCCCCGCACGGGAUUUGGCCCGCUGGACACGACCGUCUGCAUCCUGGGCUCCCCCACCGCCUUCCUGCCCGUCCUGCUGGAGGGUGGCACCCGCUGCCCAGGUGCCAUGGUGCUGUGCCUAUCGCCCACCUGGGCCAGCCGGGUGCCCUCCGAAGCGAUCCCGGGCGCCUGGACCCUGCUGCUCUCCCGGGGGGUCUCCUUUGAGGUGGGUGGGCACAGCGCCCUGGAGACCUUUGUGCCCCCCCGCCGUGCCAACUACGUGACGGGCACCUUCGCGCCGGGGGCCCCCGAGAGCAGCUGGGUGGGCGAGUUGGCCCGUGACCUCGAUUGCCCCACGGGGGGGUCGCUGCCGCUCGCCUGCCGGCUCGAGGACCCGGUGGGCACCCGCUGGGUGCUGGCAACCCGUGCCAGGCUGCCCGUGCCCCCCACCUUGGCCUUCGUCCUGGGGCCGCGGGGGCACGUGCCCACGGAGACGGACGCCCCCGGGGUGAAGCUGGUGCGGCUGGAGGACCCCCAGGGCCAGGAGGCGCUGGUGCAGGAGGAGGUGGGCAGCUUCCUGGGGGGCACUGCUAUGGAGCCCUACAGCCAGGUGGUGGUGCGGCCGUCGGGGUGGCGCUGGCGCGGGACAGACGCCCGCAGCAGCCACGGCAAGCAGGAGGGGGCGGCGGUGGCGCGGGCGGUGGGCGCCCGGCUCGGCGGGCUGCGGGAGGAGGACAGUGUCCUGCUGGAGGCCCUGGUGCCCACCGCCCGCCUGCCCGCGCCCCCCCCACGCAGCCCAGCCCCGCGGCUGCCCAUGGCCCUGCGCAUCUGCACCCUCGUCUGCAGGGCCUGGGGGGACCGGCCCCAGCUCUGCCAGGUGGCCUGUGCUGUGGGGCGCGCGGAGGCCCCGGUGAGGCACGGGGCAGCGCUGCCCCAGAGCCUGGACUCCAGCCUGCAGCAGUGGGGGGUGGUGGCUCCCGGCCAGCGGCAAGCACUGGCCACACGGCUGCAGGAGGCUGCCGAGGCCGCCAUGGCUGCGCUCCUGGCCGCCGAGGCCGAGCUGAGCCCCGAGCAGCGCGGCGGUGCCCGUGCCCACACCGACAUCCUGGGCGUGGAUUUCUUGCUGACGUGCCUGGACGACACCCUGGAGCUGGUGGCUCUGUCCGCCAACAGCCAGCGGUGCCUGGAGACCUGCCUGCUGGCCGAGGCCAUGGGGCACGCCGUGGGGCAGCCCCAGGGGGACGUGCCCCAGCUGCUGGCCGAGGCCAUGCUGCACCGGGCACAGCGUCACCUGGUCGAGGGCAAGGACAUCCUGCUCAUCGGGGCCGGCGGGGUCAGCAAGAGCUUCGUCUGGGAGGCGGCCCGGGACUACGGCCUGAGGAUCCACCUGGUGGAGUCGGACCCGGAGCACUUUGCAGCGGGUUUGGUGCAGACGUUCCUGCCCUACGACAGCCGGGAGCACCGUCGGGACGAGGAGCACGCCGAGCACGUGGCUGAGCUGCUGCGCCACCGCGGGCUGCGGCCCCACGCCUGCCUCUCUUACUGGGACGACUGCGUGGUGCUGGCGGCGCUGCUGUGCCAGCGCCUGGGCCUGCCCGGCUGCCCGCCCGCCGCCAUCCGCGUGGCCAAGCAGAAGAGCCGGACCCACCAGCACCUGCAGCGCUGCCGCCGCGGCCGCCCGCCGCCCGCCGCCUUCGCCGUGCCCUGCCGCCGCCUCCGCGGCCACGGCGACGUGGAGCGGGCGGCGGGCGCCGUCCCUUUCCCAGCCGUGGCCAAACUGGAGUUCGGGGCCGGCGCCGUGGGCGUGAGGUUGGUGGAGAACGUGGGGCAGUGCCACGCUCACGCCGCACGCCUCUGGAGGGACCUGCGCGACGACGCCGACCACCCCGGCAUCGGGCUGGGCUGGGGUAACGCCAUGCUGCUGAUGGAGUACGUGCCGGGCACCGAGCACGACGUCGACCUGGUGGUGUUCGACGGGAGGCUGCUGGGCGCCUGGGUGUCGGACAACGGCCCCACGCGCCUGCCCGGCUUCCUGGAGACGGCGGCGUGCCUGCCGUCCUGCCUGCCCACCGAGCGGCAGGCGCAGCUGGUGCGGGCGGCCCUGCAGUGCUGCGUGGCCUGCGGCCUGCGCCACGGCGUCUUCAACGUGGAGCUCAAGCUGGGCCCCGCCGGGCCGCGCCUGCUGGAGAUCAACCCCCGCAUGGGGGGCUUCUACCUCCGCGACUGGAUCCGCGAGGUCUACGGCCCCGACCUGCUGCUGGCGGCCGUGCUGGUGGCGCUGGGGGUGCCGCCGGUGCUCCCCGCUCGCCCCUCGCCCCGCCUGCACUUGGCCGGGGUGAUGUGCCUGGGCUCGGAGCACGGGGAGGUGCUGGGGGCUGGCGGGGGGCUGGAGACGCUGCGGGCGCUGCAGGGGCGCGGCCUCGUGCGCCUCAACCGCCUGUUCGAGGAGACGGCGGGAGCGGGCGAGUACGAGGAGCCGUGGCUGAGCGUGGCGUGCGGAGCGGCCACGAGAGCCCAGGCCUGCCAGCGCCUGCUGGGGCUGUGCCAGGCGCUGGGCAUCGACUCGCCCACCUACCCCGUACAGCACUUUCUGUCUCAUUUCAAAUAGCCCCGGGGCAGGCAGGGGGGCACGGGCACCCACGCGCUGCCACGGCACUCCCUCACCCGGCCCCGCUGCCCCCCCAGCCCCUGGUAUGGCCACAGCACCACACGCCGUGUCCCACAGACCUGACGCCCCAUCCCCUGGCACCCUGCCCCCUGACAUGCCUCAUCCCCUGGCACACAGCCCCAUGACAUCCCCCAUCCCCUGACAUCCCGUCCCCUGGCACCCUGCCCCCUGACAUCCCUCAUCCCCUGGCACACAGCCCCAUGACAUCCCCCAGCCCCUGGCACCCCACCCCCUGACAUGCCUCAUCCCCUGGCACACAGCCCCAUGACAUCCCCCAUCCCCUGACAUCCCGUCCCCUGGCACCCCACCCCCUGACAUCCCUCAUCCCCUGGCACCCCAUCCCCUGACAUCCCUCAUCCCCUGGCACACAGCCCCAUGACAUCCCUCAUCCCCUGGCACCCCAUCCCCUAACACCCCAUCCCCUGGCACACAACCCCAUGACAUCCCCCAUCCCCUGACAUACCAUCCCCUGGCACUCUGACCCCUGACAUCCCUCAUCCCCUGGCACACAACCCCAUGACAUCCCCCAGCCCCUGACACAGCAUCCUCUGACACCUCACUCCCUGACAUGCCCCAUGCCCUGGCACCCCAUCCCAUGAUACCCCCCACUGCGCUGGUAUCCCCCAUACUCUGGCACCUCAUCCCUUGGCACCCCAUCCCCUGGUACCCCAUCCUCUGGCACCUCCCAUGCCCUGGCACCCCAUGCCCCAGCAUCCCCCCUCAUCUUGACACCCUAUCCCAUGACAUCCCUCCCCACUGCCCUGGCAUUCUCCCACUACCCUGAUGUUCCAUCUCCUGGCAUCCACCCCCUUCCCAGGCAUCCCAUUCCCUGCCAUCACCUCUACUCCCCUGGCACCCUAUCGUCUGGUCCUGGCACCCCAUCCUCUGGGACUGCUCCACUCCCUUGGCACCUGCCCAUCGUCCUGACACCUCAUACCUUGGCAACCCCCGACUCCAUCCCUUCAUCCCCUGACACCCCACUCACUGCUCCCCAACAUCUCCCAGCACCCCUGACACUCUGCUCCUGGCCCCUUACGUCCCCUCCCUCCUCACCUCCCCUCCCCUGGCACCUCCAAACCCCCGUGUCCCCUGUCCCCACAGCUGUGGGGUGCCGUGCCCCUCCAGUGCCAGGGUGAUGCUGACCCCUGUUCCACGUGCCAUCCCCACGGCCGGGGUCUCCUUUGCUGACGAAGGGGUGUCGGGGCAGUCCCCGGGAGCACCCAGGGCACCCCCUCCCGAGCAGCGGGCACAGCCUGGGCUGUACUGGCACAGCCCCGCCGUGGGGAGACCCCGGGUAAGGACUCGGUACCCAAGAGGAGUGGUCGGGGACCGCGCAGCGGUGCAGGGACCCCUCCCGGGGGAGCACCCGGCCCCAAACACCCCCGCGGAGCCCACAAGGACCUGCCACCCCCGGGACCCUGCGGCAGAACCGCCCGUCCCUCCAUGACACCCCCCCGGGGGUCCCCGAGAGCCCGAGGGCAAGGGGAGACCCCUCCCCCUACACACUACCUCUCCCUACAGCGGGGACACCCGUAACGAUGCCCCUAUGGUGGGGAGACCCCACAAAGACAUCCAACCCCUACAGCAGGGAGGCUCUACACUGACUCCCAGCCCCUGCCGUGCCCCAGACCUCACAAUAACGCCCAGCCCCUAGAAUGAGGAGACCCUUAGAGAAAGCCCCUGUAGAGGGGAGACGCCACACUAACCCCCAGUCCCUGUAGUGCCCAGACCCCCCCAGUAACCCCCAGCGCCCUAUAGUGCCUGGUCCCCCCAGUAACUCCGGGCCCCUAUGGUGCCCAGAGCCCUACAACCCUCGUCCUCUAUAGUGCCCAGACCUCGCAGUGACCCCCAGCCCUUAUAGUACACAGACCCGUGUCUGUGCCUUAUAGCACUCAGACCCCUCAGUAACCCGCAGCCCCUAUAGUACCCAGACCCGCCUAACCCGCACCCCUAUAGCGCCCAGACCUCACCCAGUAGCCCCCAGUCCCUAUAGUACCCAGAACUCCCUAACCCUCGUCCCCUAUAGCGCCCAGACCGCCCCGUAACCUCCAUCUCCUAUAGUACAUAGACCCUCCCAGCAACUCCCAGUGCCUUAUAGCGCUCAGAUCCCCCAGUAACCUCCAGUCCCUAUAGUGCCCAGAUCCCCCAGUAACCUCCAGUGCCCUAUAAGUACCCAGCCCCCCCGUAAUCCCCAGCCUAUAGUGUCCCAGACCCCCCCAACCUGCAUCCCUAUAGCGCCCAGUCCCCCCGUAACCCCCAGCCCCUACAGUACCCAGACCCCCCAGUAACCCGCAUCCCUAUAGUACCCACACCCGCCUAACCCGCACCCCUAUAGCGCCCAGUCCCCCCGUAACCCCCAGCCCCUAUAGCGCCCAGACCCCGCAGUAACCCCCAGCCCCUACAGUACCCAGACCCGCCUAACCCGCACCCCUAUAGCGCCCAGACCCCGCAGUAACCCGCAGCCCCUACAGUACCCAGACCCGCCUAACCCGCACCCCUAUAGCGCCCAGACCCCGCCCUGUAGCCCCGAGCCCCUAUAGCAUCCAGACCCGCCUAACCCGCACCCCUAUAGCGCCCAGACCCCGCAGUAACCCGCAGUGCCGCGCACCCACACCCCGCCGCCUCUGCCGCCGGUACCACUCGUGUCCCCGCCUGGCCGUGGGCCCCACGAGGGGACUCCCCCUCUCCCACCCCAGCGUUCCCCGCUCCCCCCCCCACCCGCAGCGCGCGCUGUGUCGCGAUGCUGUCGCGGUGACGCGACGGGGGCGGGGCGGGGGGUGCCCAGUAAAGGCUGCGAGCGGCG